ACAUCAGCAGCCACUUCGCCCGGACCUAGAUAUGAAUACUUUCUUGGAAUUACGCUUUCUGAAUCCGGAGAAUAUAUCCCUCCCUCUUCCACGUCCACAUUUUCCACCGGCCAACAAUUAAGACGCACCCCAGUAGAGUUGAUGUAAAAUUUUCCCACGAGUUUGGAUCAAGAGAAGAAAGCCAGACCUCAACAACAGCCGCUAACACUGACCCUCCCCUCCCCUUGACUCCAAAUGUACUUGACAAUCCCACCAUGCUUUAGUGCCAGUUCUUUCCUUCCAAGAUGGCGGCGUUCUCGUUCUUCUCCUUUUACUCCAGUUUGUUUGCAAUUUCUAUGGUUAUUUUCAUUCAGUUCAACACCAAACAACGAGAACCAUAUAUGGAUGAGAUUUUCCACGUCCCUCAAGCUCAGAAAUACUGCGAUUAUAAGUUUGACGAGUGGGAUCCGAAAAUAACCACCCUACCAGGCUUGUAUUUCAUCUCCUUCGCAUGUCUCCGUGCCCUGGCCUUUGCCCUCGGUCAUGAAUUGGAUGUAGUGUGUACGACGUUUUUCCUGCGUAUGAUCAAUGUUCUGUUCUUCAUGGGUAAUGUGUUGCUCCUAAGACAGAUACUCGUUAAACUGCACUGUGAUAAGAAUCAACCUCACAAGGGAGAAAAACCCACAGGGGAUGAGAGUCUAACCACAAAAUGCUCUGUCACUGCUCUGGUCUUGGCAAUAUUCCCAGUGCUCUACUUCUUUACGUUUCUGUAUUACACUGAUUCAAGCUCUAUAUUCUUUGUUCUGCUCCAGUAUUACCUUGGCCUGCAUGAAAACCAUUUCACUGCAGCUGUGACUGGUGCGGCGUCAAUUGUCAUACGUCAGACUAAUGUGAUAUGGGUGGUCUUCACUGCUGGGGUUACCGCAUUAAGAACUUUGCAACAAAACGUCAAGAAAACUGACUCAUCAAGUUUGGUCACAGAAUUAAAGGAGUAUGCCAUGGCUUUUUUAAAGAACGUUUUCAUGGUAUUUAAAUGCCUGUGGGCCUAUGGUUUGGUUGUUGUAGGCUUUGUUGUAUUUGUGGUAAUGAAUGGUGGGAUUGUAGUUGGUGACAAAACUCAGCAUCAAGCGUGCUUGAAUUUCCCUCAACUGUGUUAUUUGCUGGUGUUUACGCUAGCUUUUAGCAGUUCACUGCUAGUCUUUCCUGAAGACAUUGUAAGUUAUCUCAAAAUUGUCAAAAGUACUAUCAAAAGACCAUUGUAUAUCCUAGCAUUACUGUUAGUAGCAAUUAUAAUGGUUUUAGCUAUUUAUAAAUUUACUUAUAUACAUGAAUAUCUGCUUGCUGACAAUCGCCACUACCCAUUUUACAUUUGGCGUAAAGUUUAUGCAAAACAUUGGUUGGUAAAAUAUGCUAUGGUGCCGUUGUAUAUGUUUGCGGCAUUCUGUAUCCAUAGACAGUUAUCUGUAAAACAACAUAGACUGUGGCUAGUUAUGUUUUAUAUCUGUGUUGCCAUAGUUACUGUUCCACAAAAGCUUAUAGAAUUCCGCUACUUUAUCAUUCCAUAUAUCUUGUAUCGUCUUCAUAUUCCACUUGCAUCAUACACAAGGCUGGUAUUGGAAUGUGUAUUGUAUACUGCUGUGAAUGCAGCGACCUUUUACUUGUUUUUAAAGAAGCCAUUCCAUUGGGCUCAUAACCCUAAAGAAGUUCAAAGGUUCAUGUGGUAACAUUACCAAACAAUUGUUACUAAAUCUAGAUGUAUGAUCAAGGAAUCAGUGCAAACCAGUUUUAACAAUGAACUUGCUUAGUUCUGAGGUUAUUAACCAAAAUGAGGUAAAGUAGCCCAUUGAUACUGUAUGUUUGCAGCAAAGCAUUUGAUAAAAGCAUUUCCCUGGACUGAAA